AUGUCAAAUCUAAAAAUGAAAGAGGCAGCUCUUAUCUAUCUUGACAGAAGUGGACGCCUCCAAAAAUUUAUUGAAGAUUGCAAGUAUUACAAUGAUUCAAAACAAAGUUAUGCUGUCUAUCGAUUCAAUAUUUUAAUAAAUCCUUCUGAUGUUGUUGAAUUAGAUGCUGAACUUGGAAAUCACAUUUUACACCAACCCUUGAAAGCUGCUCAAGUUUUUCAGUCAGUCUGUUUUAUUGCUGUUAAGACUCUUUCAUUAAUUGGACAGUUACAGACUGAAACUCAAAUUAAUAUAGUGCUGAAAUUAACACAUUUACCUCCUUUGCCAAGUUAUGGUCUUGAUCUUUGCAAGUUUCCACUUGAUUAUACAUCUCAAAGAUUUUAUAUGAUGCAAGGAAUUGUAAUUGCAAUGACAACUGUAACCAAGUAUACACAGGGUGCAAGAUUCCUUUGUUCAGAUGAGGCAUGUCCUCUUUCACAAGGAUUCCAAUAUAUAAGAGUGCAUGUGCCUGGUGCUACAGAAUCGGCAACAGUAAGAAAUGACUUCUUGUGUAAGCUAUGUGCUUCUUCACUUCAAGAAGACAGAAAAUUUAGAGUACUUGGUGAUAAACAGAUCGUUGAAGUAAUUACUGCAAAGGCACUUCGUGCUUUUCAAGGAGUUUCUAACAACCAGCAAUUUAGGUUUCAAUCUCUUACAGUUUUCCUGAGAGAUGAAUCAGUGAAUAAAGCGAGUAUAGGAAAUGAGUAUAAAAUUAUUGGAAUUCCAACCUGUGUCAAAACCUCACAAAGUGCUGUCUGUAUAGAGGCAAAUAGCAUCACUUUUUGCAAUCCAAAAGUUUCUUCAGGAAUUAGUGACAACUUCAUUCGUCUUCUCUCCUUGACUUCCAGCUCAUGCUGGAAGUUUACAGCAAUACUUGCCAACAUCUUUGCAUCACAGGUUGUUCCUCCUGGGACUUAUAAUUUGCUCAAGCUCUGUUUGUUGCUGAGUCUAGUACAGACAAGUGAUCGUAACAAGGAACUGCAAGAUUGCCUAGAUAUUUUAAUUAUAACAAAUGAUACUCUACUUGUAGACAGGCUUUUGAAUUUUAGUGUAAACCUUGUACCCCGUGGUAUACAUCAUCCAGUCUCUUCUGAAAUUUUCCCUACUCUAUCCAGGAAUAAGUAUGGGACUGGAGCAGUUAGCAUUCAAGCUGGCAGUGCUUUGCUAGCUAAAGGUGGUAUCUGCUUUAUAGGAGACUUAUCUUUACACAGAAAAGAUAAACUUGAACAGCUUCAAUCAGUUCUGGAGAGCAGAAGCAUUACAGUUUACAUCCCGGGAAAGAAGUUUGGGGAUGAUAUCGAUCAACAAAUGACUUUCCCAGUUCAGUGCAGUUUUUGGUCUUUUGUUGAUAUGGAUUCAUCAUCAAGGAGAAAUGCGCAGAAAACCAGCACUCUAAUCGGUCAGAUGGAUUGCAGCCUGAUUCCAGCUAAUCUUGUGGAGGCAUUUGGGUUAUUGAUUAACUGCAAUGAAUCAUCUCCUUGCAACCCACUUCUCCCCACCUUGCAACAUACUCUAAAGAAAGCCACUGACCCCGAAGGGCUGCUCUAUGUAGCUUCUGAACAGUUCACAACUGAAGAUUUCAAGAAGCUACUGGCUUUUGCAAAGAAUUUGAAUGUAGAAUUCAGCUUGGAGGCAGAAAGAAUGGUCCAUGGCUAUUAUCUAGCGAGUCGCAGAAUCAGAACAGAUUCUACAUGUGGAUCAAAACUGUCAGCAUCUGCAUUAAAAUAUUUAGUUUCCCUAUCUGAAGCACAUGCUCGACUGAACUUAAGGAAUCAAGUGCUUAAAGAAGAUGUGCUAAUUGCAGCCUUAUUAUUUGAAACAUCUCUCACAUUAAAAUAUGGGGCUGCUCUGUUUUGUGUUGCUCCAAAUGCAGUAUUUCCAUCUGAACUGUACAACGAAGAACACUUAGAGCAAAGGGAUAGCUAUCUCACUCAGUGCUUACAACAGCUCCAACAGUUUAUUGCCACAUACGGACCUGGGACAGCUGUUUUCUCUAGCGAUGAGUAAGCAAUUUGAGGACUUUUUCUUCAGUCCUAUUUAAACAAUGGAAAGUUUGAGCAUAUGAAAAUGAUUCUGAAGUAAUGCUUCAGGUAAAACUGUGCAGUACAUUACAAUGCCAUUAAAAAAAUAACAUUAUGGUGCCCUCAAAAGUAAUGGCUAACAGGAGAAAAACUAAUCUAAACCCCUAAAACCAACAGCAGAACUUUUAAAACUGAAGAGAAACUUUAAAACUUAGAACAUGGUGAUAAGGGUUGCCAAGGAAAAUUCUAUUAAAAACUUUGGGUUAGCCGAGUGUACCGGUGGCAAACAGAUAAAAACACAGAGAAUGUUGCAGAACAAUGUGAAAAUACUUUAUGAUGUAGUUCACUCUAUUUGUCACAAGAUGGCAAUAACACUUUAAACUAGAAUGUUUUACUUACAAAUGAUGACUUUGCAGACUUUAUUAGAGUGACAUGUCCAUUAUAUAAACAUAGUUUUAAAAGUCCUGAAUAUGAAAGUCAGGAAGUGUCUUGGCAAUUUCAUAUUUUUACGUUACGUUAAAUGAAAAAUAUCAUUUGCAUUGAAGCAAAAAGCGAGUAAUUUACAAAUUGGCUCUUCAAAUCUAACUGGCUACAAGAAAGGGCUCAAAUAGCAAGAAAAAUAAAAUUGCAAACUCAGUCUUCAUUUUUGGAGGGGAAGGUUAUCUGCUGAAGGUAGGGAACAUCACGAGAAAACAUACCUAUCUUGUAAAUUUUUUGGUUUCACUUCCUAAAUCUUUAAUAAUAUUCUCAUUCAAAAGCAAAGUGUAAUUACAAAACUGCGACUUUAUUAACAAGACAUUACAGUGCUUCAAUUCUUUUGAAACUGACACUUUGUAAAGUUGGGCAGCUCUCCCACUCACUCUACAAAAUCGUCAGCAAUUUACUAUUUUAUUUCCUAGUCAUUCAUUCAACAAAUAUUUAUUGAAAACUUAAUAGUGCCAGUAACUAUAUAGCUGUUUUCAGAAGGCAAAGCUAAUUUUUAAAAAUAAAAUCUUUACGUAUUACAAUUCUACUCUUAGCUUACAGGUUACAGAAGGAAAAACCUUUACCCAUAAUGGGCAACUGCACUGCUAUUUAACAUUAAUGGUGUUAGAAUAUUCCAAUGAACUAUCUUUCAAGUACGAUAGCAGGUUCUAAUGGGGAGGCCAGAUAAGGGCUUUUUAGUUGUCUAGUAUGGAGCAAUUAGGACCUCUCCAGAGAAUCACUACCCACAAAUGAGCUUGUUACUGACAAGAACAUUAUAUCCUGAAAAAAAAACCAACCAAACCCACUGCCAUUGAUUCCAACUCAUAUUGACCCUAUAAGUACAUUAUAAACAGGUCUGACUAGUGACUUUGAGAAUGGAGCCAUUUACAAACUUGAGAUAUAGUUUUUAAAAAUAACUUUAUUGGCCAGCAAAUAUUAAGUAUCCAAACAUGUAUUUUCUACAGAAUUAUUGUGAAAUAUGGUUAUCAAUGUUAAAUAAAAUAUUAAUUUUAUUCACUCGCUUCUAUUCAUGUCUUCAUGACCAAUUCUUCAUUUUUCCUUCCCAAAAUGUUAUAUGCCACACCUUAAAAAAAAAAAAAAAAUCCACAAAAUCAGAAACCAA